GAGAGCGGUGCGACCACCGAGGAUGUGCUUGGCGUAUUGUCGGGCAACAGCCUGGGCGUCAUCCAGCGCAAGCUUGAAGGAAUCCGCAUAGCGAAGACCGCCGCAAGCGUCGCUCCGACAUCGACUGCGAACCGCUUCCGGACCGAGGUGGCAGCUGCACCGGUGUGGUGGCACGCUGGCAUUGCAUUGGGCGAAGCCGACUACGGGGCGACGCUGGGAGUCGAGUUGACGCUGCAGCCGACUGCCGCCACUCUGGUUUCGCACGUCGCGGGGAGGCUCACCGUCGAGCUGAGUCCCGUUACCGGAUUUGAGCUUGACGUGGUGGGCCACUUGCAAGCGGCCAUACAGCUGGCAAUGCAGCACUGCUGUGGCCGCAGCUUGCACUUGGGCCAGAUUGGCAUUAGUUUGGAGGAUUACACGCUCCGAACGCUUGGCCAGGAUCCUAGCUCUGAUCGUGUAACCGAGCACCCAGAUGGGCUGUGGACCACUGUAGUGUUCCAUUACGCGGUGCCCUUUGUGAAUGACGCGCUUUACUGGUAUGCCCAGAGGCAGGGACGUCUGGUCACAACGCUGCGCCACGGUUUUAAGCUCGCGGCGGCGCGAGUGAAUCAGAACGGUCCGCAGAAGGUUCGCUACCGAAAUGUUUUUGCCGUGCGGCGAUCUUCAAGUGUUAGCACACCUAGGAGCGAUCUCCGCGUGCGGCAGUACAUCGAAGCAGCAUUCAGCUUCGCUUUAGGCAAGGGCGACUAUGCGACCUCCGGCACGUGGCUUUCGACGACCCUGCGGGACUCACUUGCAAGCACCGUCGCGGCCGUUGGUAGCCGAAGCUUCACGCAGAUGGAAAAGGCAUUCACCACUGUGGCCGCAGCAGCAACGGAGCUUUCCCCCACGUCCGGAGAUUCAUCCUCCAGCACCUCAAAGGUCGUGGUUCUGACGGACUCUACUUCGGCCACUCUGGCUAAGGUGUCUGCCGCCGGGUGGAGCGUGGACCCCGUGCCGCGGUUUCCCGGUAGCGUUAAAUUGUCUAUGAAGAAGGAACGCUCCGCGGAUAAGACGGCGUGCCUGACCACUUCCGGGGGUCUAGCUCUCGCCAAGUGGCCGGAUUCGCUCGAUGACCAGGUCGCCGAGGUGACGGCCGGCGGCAUCAGUAAGACUUUCUCCUCUUUCACACAAGUUGUUGUGAAAUUUGGAAACUGCGACGAGGUGUUCACCAAGAAUGAGGCGCUGACCACGAGCGCCACUGAGGGCUUCGACUUGGUUGGCUCCGUGGUGCUGUCUGUAGAUGGCAUCAUCAAGAGCUUUGCCAGACCGGGUGAAACGAAGACCGUGACACUGCUAGUUCAUCCCAAUGCACGCGUGCAGGUGUACAACGAUGCUGGCCGGCAUCGCGAUAGUGGCGUCAUCGUGUUGCACCGGAUCGAGGAGAAGCCAGUAGCUGUCACGAAGCGGGGCAACACCUGCUCGAACCAGUGUAGCUCGUGGAGCUGCGACAAACUUGUGGCCACACCUCUCUAUCCGGACUCGCGGAUUCCGAAGUUCAGCCUGUUUAGCGCUGGCGGUUCGGCGCCACAGACGAGGUACCCGGCAAAGGGCCAGAAUUCGCCCGACGUUGGCGUGUACAAGUGGUCCGCAAGCGCGCUGUCUGGCUACCUGCUGCUCAUGGGCACAGACGACGCGGAGACGGGCUUCUCGACCACCACGUACGCGGGCUCUAGCGGAGCUGUCAUCUCGAGAGCAACGGGUGGCAAGAGUGGCGCCUGCUGUCCGCGCUUUGCGCAAUUCUGCCGUCCUGCCGGUAGCUGGCACGUGGAGAUUCAGCCGGAGUGGCGGGAUCCCAGUGGCAACGGGGACGGAGCGCAUCUCAGCGGCCUCUGCGAUCAGUUCCGCUACUGCGUAGGAUUUCAAGUGAAGCACGAUAAUGCCGACGGUUCUCUCCUCGGGCAGUUGUUCUUUGACGCGGACCCGCGGAGUGCGGAUGGAAAGCCGCUUGAAGUGGAGCAAGGUGUCAAGUUCCCAGGGGUGAAAAAAUUCGAAUACGACACUUUUCCCUACUGGUUACCGGGGAAAUUCCGAGCAGCGAACGGCACGUUCGGCAUUGGGCAGGUUCUGACCGCGGAAUCCAACUCGUAUACCUGUUUCAAGAAGCAGAUAACAGAAGCGUAUACGGGCUUCAAGAAUCGACUCCACACAAACCAGUUCAAGGAGCCCGGCGUGAACAUGUGGCCGAAAGCGGGGUACUCGAUGCCGUACGGCGGCCCCGUCUUGAAGCCGGAGGUCGCACGCUUCGCUAAAAAAGCCGACGGUAGUCCUGCAAGCAUCGCGCUGGACACGGUCCGCGUGAGCAGCACCCGCAACGAUAACUACUACGAAAGCACAUACGCGAAUGGGCAGGUGGGCAGCCACUACGAGAAGUACAACGGAGCGGAUGGAGCCAAGGGAGAGCAUAUCGGAUGUUACACUGAUGAAUCCGGGAACUUCAAUGCGGAUCCGUGGGUGGGUCUCUGGGGAGCAGCGAUCAACGCCGACUCAGAUCCCUUCGCGUGUGCACAACUGUGUCAGAAAGCUGACGCGGCCAACAAGUACUUCGCCAUUGGAGGCUCCUGGAGGGGAAGAGGCUGCUACUGCGCUAAGGAUGAAUCCUGGAAGAGAACGCGGAUGUACGAUAAUGAGUGCAGUGAUAAUUGCGGAGGUAGUGUUUUUGCAGCGCAGUUCAACGACGAUAUCAGUGGCUCUGGAGGAAGAUUUGACUCAAGUGUUCUCGAGAAAUUCGGCGGCUAUUAUGUCUGCGGUGGCUCUUACAAUAAGGUUCUCUCUGUAUUCAAACUUUUACCUGCUGGCGCGCCUGCUACGCAGGUUCGUCAUGGUGCGUGCGCCAUGCCGAAACCAGGUGCGAGGGGCGAGUCGUCCUCCACUGUCGUGCCCAUGUUCUACAAAAAGUCCUUUCCCGUGGCCGAAGUCCACAAGUGCUUUGAAGCCUGCGACCACUACACGUUCUUCUACUGCAAGGGGGUGACGAUCAAAAGUGGUUUCGUCAAUGAGCACGACCCUGCUAUUGCGACGUACGACAGCGCCCACCCUGACAAGUUAGCGACUGGCUGGGAUAAUUACGUGCGCUGCUACGUGCAUUUCAACGCCGGUCUUCACCGCGACAAGCCGUUCUUCGACAGUAGCUGGGGAGGCAGCAGGGAUGACGCGGCGGAGCCAGAGUUCGCUGGGCUUCUCACGGAUGGCGGAACCGCCACGAAGGCGGCCCACAAUCCAACCCCGGCGGAGGGCGGACCUGCGAUGUGCUUUUUGCGGCGAGAGGAAGCAGGAUCGACCGCAAAGGCGAAGAUGGAUGGGUCGCUGCAAAAAGGCGAGACCUGCGACAGCGGCGAGUGGUACACGCUCCAAACAGGACAGGACGGCGUCGGCAGCGCCACAGAAGACGACUGUAAGGCGCUAUGCCUUGGCGCGUACCUACAAAUGAGCAAGAGCUGCGAGGCUUACGGCUUCGACAUCUCGACGAACACGUGCCACCUCUUCGUUGGGAGUGCGGCCAGCUUCACAGGCAAGCUGUUCGCGCCAGUGGACUCUGACGUGAACUUGGAGACGGACCUGUCAACCGCCGCGACAAGGGUGCUGCCAGCCGCGGCGCUUGCAAAGUUCACCGAGACGUGGGGAAAGACCUUCGCAGACCCCACGUGCACCACCUCGGACUGCUUCCAAGCGAAGGGGGCAAUGGAUCCGGCAACGCUGGGUAUGAGCGUUGCGACGCGCGUGGACUUUCCCGCACCUGUGUGGAACGACGAAGUCCUUCCCCUUGGAGGCUCCUCGCCAGUGAACAUGGAAUCGACCAGGGGCAACCCGCACACCAUUGGUACGCAGUACUUGGCGCGUGGCGGACACACCUUCCUAGAGGCGCGGUUCAAGAUGAACCCCGGUGGCACAGGGGUGCUGGCUGCAGCGCUGGAGGCGCAGCUGGAAGAAGCAGUGCGUGGGGCAGUGCUUCGAGUGCUCUUGUCAAAUGUGGGUCAAAUGACCGAUGUGGGAGGCUCUAAUGCACGUGAUCGUGGCACGACGGUUGCGGCAAAUCGACUCUCUCUCGAUUACUUCGUCGCGGGCGGGGCAUUCAAGAGUUGGGCAUCCGGGCAGCAAACGGCAGCGUAUCGUAAGGUGGAAACGGACACUCUCUCUGCGCACCGCGUGUCGGUUAUUCUUGGGGAGCCGCUGGAGGGCCGCGAGUAUCCCGAGAGGCCGGUGAUCCUCGGCGUUCAUCUGCGCGAUGCGGGGCUUGGCAGUGUAGCCACCGGUGUCCUAGCAGUGCUGAAUGCCGGCGACUUCCCAGCAAAGCUGGCUGCUGCGCUGGUGGAGCAAGCUGCUGGCACAGCCAUCGCGAGCACGCUUGUUGCGAAGCGCGGGCCGGGCGAGGUCGUGCCCCCACUGAUGGAGCGUUACAUCUCCGGCGAAGCGGCGGCUUACGUGGUGUCGCAUGCGGAGCAGAGCAGCGCGGAAUUCCGAGUGGCUUUGCCCGCUUCCGAGGUCGCUGCCGCUGCAUCUGACGCAGCACUGCUGCACAAAGUUCGCGCCAAGUUCGCUAACGGCAACUGGAUAUCAAAGGCUGUCGUGGGUGCGCUCAACUUGCAGCUGGGCUUGGGUCUGCGCGGGGAACAGGUCGCCACUUCGAUUUUCAAGGCAGAGAUCGUGUCUGGUGCUGCGGUGCCGAGCGGCACGGAGCUGCUUGUGCGGUUUGCAUUCGCUAUCCCGCUCGGAAGCGACAGUCUUCGGUCGUGGAUCUCAAAGACGGGUGGUUCAAAGUCUGGCUCAGUGGCCUCGGCUUUCGACAAGCAGCUGGCCGACUUGUCGGGCUAUGCCACCGGCUCCUCUGGCCUCGCCUUGCUUGGCGACGUGAAGCAGACCCACUAUCUGGACACCAGACUGGAAGCUACCCUGAAGCUCAAUGGCGCUGUGCCUUCUACAGUUACUUCUACGACAACGGGCGGUGGAGCUCCUGCCGUUCCCUUGGGUGAUCCUGCAAGUGCGAUAUCGAGCAAGUCCGAGUUACAUACCGGGUCCGACUACAUUAUACGCCAAAUGAAUGGGGAUAACAAAGACCCUUGUGACGACUGCUGGUGCACCUGUCAGGAGAUGGGCUCCAACUGCUGCCACAGCGAAGGGAAAGGAAUGACACUGCAAUGCGUAUCCGGGACCGACGUGUCCGCUGCUACGAAGUUCACGUGGAAAAGCUAUGCGAAUCCCGCGGAUUCGAGCAUGGUAGGCGAAGGAUUUGCCUGCCCAAGGGGUUCCAACUACCCAGAUGACGGAUUCCCGGACUACUAUUUAUGCCUAUAAUAUCUUCUCUUUACAUUGAUUAUUUGCAACUCCGAGGAAAAUUCGUAAUCGAAAGCAAAGGCUUCGCGUUUUCGUGAUCAUUUGGAUGCUGUGUAGUUACAUUCAUUGUCGCCAGAAUAGUUUCGAAACUUAUAAAUAGAUUCUUUUUCAUCGGACGAUAGUACACAGUACUCUUGGUUGUUGGGGAAAACCACAUCCAGAGUACUUAUCAGAGUGAUUCUGUGCCAUGUCUGUGUUAUUUGGCUCAUUACGCCACUUUCUAAGCUGGAUGUCCAAAUACGGAAGCAGAGCGUACUUUCGGCCCCCGAAGUGGAAUUGGGAUGGGCGUCGGCCGGUUCCGGGCGACCUUAUCGAGGUUGAGAAGGAUUAUCCUAGCACACCAAUGAAAUUUUAUUGGGCGACUGCUGUGGAGUGCACGGCGCCGUGCGACAAUAAGCAUCUUGCCCACGUGCUCUACAAAGACCCAACUGGAUCGGAUACUCACGCCGCUGUAGGAUCCUCUGUGAGAGGUGCAAGUACAGUAUAUGCUACAGGGUUUCCACAUCCUGGGACGACGGUUGACGGCCUUCCGAUCAACGGCGGAAGCGCCCAUGAGUAUAAACAUAAUAACUACGCAGGCUUUGCCAUCUAUACCGCUUCGGAACCACCGACCACCACGACUACGACCUCCACCAAGGCCCCGACGAUGUUUGACUUCCCUGCUUUUGUCGGGCACUACGCAGCUGACGUUUUGGCCAGCGAGGUGCAACAGGGUAACCUGAGUUUUGCGCUCCACAAGCCUCUUGCCUUUUCCUCACUUACCACGGCCGGAUCGCUCUUCUCGCGCGUGGCUACGGCAGCAGCCAGCAUCGCCUUUAGUUCGCGCAACGACGUGACGGAUGUGCCCGGCUCGCUUUCGCGCACCGUUAACGGCACGGCGGAGGCCUAUGCGAUUACGCGAGACCAGGUGUUCCACGCGAACUCGAUGCUGUACACGGUGCGCUCACUGUCGAUGACAAAAGACGCCGGCGACAGCGGGUUCGGCGAGUACAAUGUGAGUGCGUCUCUGAUCUUUCCGUUCACGUGGUCCGAAACCGACGCCGCGCCAGAUUUCUUUGCGGGGGCAGAACCGUGGAUCAACCGCCACUUUCCCUCCAGCAAUGCGGGCACCGAUCCUAGCAGCGUUGGCAGGGACAUGACAGCGCGUUGGAAAGAGGCGGUGAACGACAUCCUCGCUGGCACAGAGGACAGCGAAACCACUAGUACAGACGUGAAUCGUUCAAGCUUGGUGAGUGCACUUUGGACACCCUUUCCCGUAGACAAAACGGACAUGCACGCACUCGAGGCGGCGGGCAACGAGGCCGCGAAGCUGGCGCAGUGGUCGGUGGCUGCGCCGUCGCUGGACAUGUCGUUGGCCACUCGGCCGCGCGGCAGUUUCCUGGACUUUCCGUUUGAAGUCACCGUGUUCCAUUCCGUGACACGGUAUUACGGUGACGAGGAAGUGCGACACGUGAUUCGGGAGGCCGCUUUCACGCUGGUAAUGGAUCGGCUCGUCGCGAGUGUACCCAGACUCGAUGUUGACCCUGUAAGGAAGAAGUCGCUGCAAGACUUUCUUACGAAGCUGCAGGCGCAGAGAGUGGGGCGAGAAAGCGCGUCAGUGGUGGUGGACAAGCUGGCCGUUUCGUCUACUGCCCGGCCGGUCCUGGCGGAGGAUCAGAAGAAGACCCUGCCUGUUUUCAGUAUCGAGCCGCUUUUUGCGGACACCGCGGAACGACACGACGAGCCUGCGCAUAUGCGCGCAGCAGGAACGGUGUCGGGAGGUGGUGCGGGAUUGUGGAUCACCCGACCGAAAAUCAAUCUUGUAGUGCAGCUUUCGGAGGCCGACUCGUUUGUCAUGGCGCAGGUGCACAACGUGUUCCAAGACGCGGUCGCCUUUACUGCGAAACUCAACGACGCGGCUGAGAGCUUCCUGGCGCUCAGGGCGACGGACGCACCCGCGAGCCAGGUGUUUGCCGACGUGACCUUCUUGGACCGCACUACGCUUCUGGCUGCUUCCGACACCAUCUCGGCCCUCAGCACUGUUAGACUGCCUGUUGUACUCGAGGUGAGUGUAAACGACGCGAUUCCGGUGGUAGGUGUAAAGGCUUCCGAGAGCUUCAACGUAAGUGUGGAGGUGCCGGUAACGUGCGCGACCUACGAAUGCCCCCCAGGUGUUGCGCACAAGCGCGACUGGGAUUGCCCCGCCUCCGGUUGUUCGUUCGGCGCUUGUUGUGUUCGCAUGUCGGAUACGGAUGUUAUGGAUGCUCUGCGCGAGCAGCUCACUGCCGCACUCGGGAUUGCGGGAUCUCCGUCUCUCAGCCCUGCGCUGGUCUCGGUGCGCCCGAGCAUGCAGGCCGUCUCCCCCUCUUUUGCCAAGAAGUUGUACGACGUUUUCGUGCCGCUGGAUUUGGCGGGUCGGUUGGAUGAUAACACGGCGGACGGAAGAAAAAGGCUCGGCUUCCUGAAGAGUGCGGAAAUGCAGGCGCUUCUGCGUGACGGCAUCGGGCCGACGGCGGGAUCAGUUGUCUUCCGCGACGCUCCUCUGGUGCAGGAGGAUUCCAUUGCGGUGUCUUACACACUGAAUCCGACACCAGCGCCGCCGGUGCCGGACGCAGUGCAGUCUUUGCAGAAAGUUUUCGGAAGCGUUUUUUCGUCUCUGCGAGAUGGCGUAUCCUUUCCAAGGUCCGAGAUCGUCGUGCGGGAGCUGAGCGCGGCAGCCUUCAGCCUUGCAGCGCCCAGUCGCAAAACGUCGGGCCUGUCCGACCAGUUCGUGAUGGACACCCUCGUGGACACUGAUACCCUGGCGCGAGCGGUCACGCCGCGUCUCGAGGGCAUGGGGGUGAGCCUUGCGAAUGCCUUCCCGCCGCCAAACGACACGAUGGUCGUGAGAAAGCUGCCCUCAGUGUCAAGGCCCCUGCGCUCCGGAACAGCGUACAGCGCCGCGCCGGUCUUUGUGCAGAGUGCGGCUCUGUCGCUGGACUUGCUGCUCGGCGGGCAGCGGUCAGGCAUCGCGGAUAUUCCAGACGCGACUCGUCGGAAGUUUGGUCUCACCGACCGCACGCAAGAGUCCGCUCUUGUGGCAGAAGUGGAAGCGGCUGCGCGAGACGCAAUUGCGACUUGCUUGGCGAGCGAGGGCGUGGGUGCAGAAAACACCACUCGCCACGUGCCAUUGGUCAGCGUACAGCUGGAGGCGUCAUCGUCCGUCGAACAUUUUUUUCCGGCAGCGGUGGCGAAAGCGCUGCGAUUGACCGCUGUGGUCGAAGUGGAAGAGUCUGUUCCACUCGUUAUGGAGAUGUUGUCCGCUGCGACUGCGCCGUCGCAGUGUUUCUCGGACAGUCUGGAGAGCAAAUUCAGGGUCGCACCAGGAACGAACGACACGGUCGCGGGAACUACGAACGAAACGGUUUUCAAGGUCGUCUUUGCAAGCGGAACUGCUGCGACGCCGGCUGCUGGCGUUUUGCCCACUGUGCAUGGUCGCGGUGAGCUUCGCAACGUCUCCGCGACCGUGAGUGAAGCGCUUUCGCGUGGGGACAUCCAAUGGAUGCGCAGCGCCGUGGCUGACAGUAUAACUGGCUCGACGGGUGGCACGCGCCUCGAGGAAAGCUUUGUCUCUGUAAGUCUGUUGCCGCAGCUGGCCUCGGGAAACAGAGACUCGCACUUUUUCGAGUUCACAGUGCCUGCGGGCGGUGCGCGAGCAGAGCACUUGCUGAAGUCGCAUCCACCCACUGCGUUCUCUUUCGCGUUGCAGCACAGCCUGCGUAAUGCGUUAGAGCAGGCGAAUUUGGAGCCGGCCUCACUGAUUGAAGUCAAAAUCGGUAGUAUUGCGGGCGGCCCCGCCGAUACGCGCUACGCCACGGGGCUAGUGACAGUGGAUGCUGUGGACUACGGUGAUUUCGCUGUGUCACAGGCUUUGCGCUCAGCAGUAGGUAAAAGCCUGCGACGGCAGGGGCGCAAGCUUGUCUCGGUGGUUCCUCCACUGUUCUAUCCGAGUGUCGGGGCGGAAGAGUUUGAUCCCUACCGACCGGAGAAGGUAUUUGUGACUCGCCUGCGAGCGCCGUCCGGCACAACGCAGACCUCCACGGACUACCUCUUCGCAGUGCCACUUGCUCUUCAGGAGCGCAACCCGGGCACGGCGACGCCCUCCAGCACCAACGGAACGGAGGAGUCUUUUGCCCUUGUGGCGCAAGCUGACGCCUCCUUUGCACUGGAGACGCGGCAAGACGCGCUGGUGCAAGAUUUCGCUGGUGCGACUUUUGUUGCCGAUCUGCGGCAGUCCCUACCCGUUGGCAAGAGCGGCGCCACAGUGCCGGCAACGGCACGCACAAGCCGGGUUGAGCUGCGAGAGCUGGCACCGAUGAAAAACAACGCCGGCGCAGCCACGCAGCAGCCAGUGCUGAAGCAGGAGCCCGUUUUUCUGCAACUACAGUUCAAAUUGCAAGUGCGCAUCAUCGAUGAUGCGCUCUUUCGGAGAACAGGAGCGCGGCGAGCUCUAGAUCAAGUACUCGCUGCCCGCUUUCGCACGUCCUUUCUGGAGGCGCUGGAGGUGGCGGCCUGGUCGUCGCUCAGCGGUGGCCUUCCGGACCUUGUUGUGGGGGUGCUCCUGAGGCCUUCCUUCAAGCUGAAGAGCGAAUCGCGCGAGUUUUUCGUCACGGUGCAGAUUCCGGGUGGGGUCACCCCACAGACACUGCAAGAGCUGACGGCGGUUCUGUCGCAGACCACAGAUACCAACGAUGACGCGGUAGUUCCGCGUGUGCAGGCGAAGCGCACGCGCUUCCUCAAACUCUUAUCCGCCAAGAUGGCGUCCUUUACCGCCGGAGACACAGGGUCUGCACGAGGCGACCUGGUCUACGAAAAGAGCUACAGCAUGCACGAUGAUGUCACGGCGGACGGCUGGAACGUAGAGGCCCUGGAGCUGAACAGAAAGGAGUCUGGAAGCAGUCUUGUUGAUGGCAGCGGCCUCUUCACGCGAAACAAGGCUGACGCGAACAACCCGUGCAGCGCUGAUGCUUACGGGGUUUACCAAAGCCAGGAGCUCAUCCACAGUGGCCUCUCAUCAAACCUGAAAGGUUGGGACAUGCAGCGUCUCAUCAACGCAGGCUCAAAGGAGAACGAGCCUCGGCCACCGAAGAUGCGGGGAACUCAAAAUUUGUCGUUGGAGAAGUACGCGAGGCUGGCUGACGGUCACGCCGUCGACUACAUUGAGCUUACGUACGGCGUGUGCAGCAACCACGCAAGCAACGGUGUGGAAUUGAGCGUCAGCGACAACGCAUUCGGUCCGUGGGAGGCCAUAACCGUGACGGGCUUCGAUGGAAACCCCACGACCAGGCUGAAGCAGAGCUACACAUCAGGCACGGCACAGAGUAAGUUCAUUACACAACGGGUUCCUGGCACGAAAGUGAACAACCGCUACAUUCGACUUCACGCGCCGCCGGAGGUGGUGGUACUGCUAAAGAAAUUGAAAAUCGUGUACCAAGAGGAGUUAUCGAAAGAGGGGCUAGGACGACGCCCGCGUGAGAGCUUUGAUGUGACUAUGCUCGAAAGCUUGGACUUUUGGCCAAGAUACGGCUACUACCAGGGCUUUUGUGUGGACGACUCGGUCGACGAGAAGGUGGACGCGGAGGCACACAGCCAGUCCUACGGCGCCAACAACAGCGUUGAGGACGCUUCGAUUAUGCAGUACCACGCCGCGUGCAACUCUACGGCUUCGUCAGGGGCGUACGUGAACUGCGCCGCUGCGGGAACCGAUUGUUGGGACAAGAACCCCGUGGUUGCUGCCAAUAUUCUUCCCGAUGCAUUUUUGGAUCAGUGGCGCGACGAGGCUCACUUCCAUGAUGUGACUGGACGUUAUACUACAGUUGGCGGCGCCUACCAGUACGCUAAUGGGAAGAGGUUCAACUUGGGUCGACCAUAUUUUUACUACGAGUGGGUGGACCUCGGACUUUGCGGAAGCGCAAAGUUCGGGACGACUAGUGGGGCUACCGUUACGCCGGAUACUCUGUGCAGCUCCUAUGAACGCCAGGGAUUAGCUGAUGUAAGCAAUCCUGGGUCGCCAUCCGCGUGGUUUUUGCCGCACCGAACGUGCGAUCUAUACGACAAGAACAAGGUGACAACGCAGAGUGUGAAUUGCGCAGGUGUCAGCAGCAAUUCUAAGGCGGCAGAGGUUGAAGCAUAUGCCACGGGCGCAUGUAAGAGCCGGCCUGUCAUGGCCGGUUGUACACGAGAUGGGGUUAGUUACGGCUGGCCGGGACCGACGGGGACCAGCCGGGACGCUCAUGGGUCCGCCCGUUGUUGGGGUGGUUGGAACAAGAAGAUCGAAGGGGUACGUAGGUAUCCCGGUUGGCAACGGGUUGAGCAGUAUUUCUGCACACGCCGGGUGGAGCACAAAUCUGGCUCGACUUGGAAGAAGAGCCCAGUUCUCACGAAAGUGGGCCUCUACUACGACGAAAAGAGCGCUCUCAGCUUUUGCGCGGCGUCGUCAACUACGGACGCAGCACCAAAGUCGGGUAGCAUCAUUCGUGUUCAAAACGUGACCAUGGCAGAGUGCUUCAACCUCUGCAAUUACAUGGGAGAGACGUGCUCCGGAGUGAGCGGAGCCGCAGUAGGAAUUGAGGCUCCGCUCACCUGCUCCCUGUAUUCGGCGAGCAAAACAUGCAAAGAAGUGGCUUUUGGCGGGACUCGUACAGGCGGACGGCUUCUGGUGAGCGGAACCCCCGGUGUCGCCGGUUCCGGAAGCUCGAAAACUGAUCCCGCGGAAAACUAUCGCACCUCCCAGCCGCACAUGAGCUGCUGGAAGUAUCGAAACGCGGGCGGGGCGAGCAAAAACACGGGACCCAAUGAUUUGGUGCCCGUUGUCACAUGUCCCGCGGGUUACAGGGUGCGCGAGUCAGCGAAGAACGGCUUGGAGAUGCACAUGGCAAUCGAAGCGCCCUUCGUUCAGGACUGCUGCGAGCGCGUAACAUGCUCGGCCUUCCAGUGUCCCACGGGUUUCAAGGGUGGCAAGGCUCCCAGUGCGUUGUUCUGCGCAGACGUCGCCUCCUGCACCUUUGAUGAUUGCUGCGAGGCGCCGACCUGUCGCACCGCUGCGAACGGUGGAAACUUCCAAUGCCCGUCGGGCGUGGUGGUUCCAGAGCACGACUGCAUGACUUCCUUUGCGGCCGAAACGGGAGCGCCCUUCUGCACCGAGGCGGACUGCUGCGUCGAUACGCCUUUUGAGCAUACGCCGCAGCGUGGCAUUCCCGCAGCAGAUGCAGAGAAGCUGCUCACGAAGGUGCGCACACUGGGAAGUCACAGCGUCAGCAGCGUUGUGACGCAGACCGAGGACGCGGAAUUUUUGUCGACCACGAGUGUGGGCGUAUCGCUGCGCACCUCAGAAUUUCUCAAGGCCUUCUAUGAGGCCCACGGGCUGGCGCCGGGAAGCACCUCGGCGGACGUGGACGUGGGCCGGAUCGUGGAACUACUCUCUGCAGUAGAUGCCAGCUCAAAGGAUGUGCGAGUACAAUGGGGCUUGCAGUUCUCCAGUGUACGCAAGAACGCAUUUACCGCCGCUCGCAUCAAAGCGGGAAUCGCAAGCAGUGUGGCAACACUGAGCAUGCGGCCCGCGAAUGUGCUGCAGGUGUUGUCUUCGGCCUUCGUAGUAGCUUUCAGAGAGCUCACGGGCGUGGAGAAUAUUACGCCGACCCACGUGCGGGCGGAGCCGCUCUCUGUCGACGGAGAGGAUCGCUUCUCCGUUCGCUUUACUGUUCCGUUGGUGACAAAGGAAACAGAUUUCUUGAAGAAUUUGUGGGAGGCCACAGACGGCACCCCUGCCUCCAAAGCAGGAGUCUUUGCUCGACGCUUUGCGCUAGUCCUCACGAAAAUCUUCUCUGGCACCACGGACAAAACCGAAGCCGCGAAACUCGGUGUGCGCCUAGUGGAAAGAGCGCGAGCAGCGUCCUUCGUCACUGCCGGCCUCCGUGUUGCGCCGAGCGUGGAGGCGGAAACGUUUACCUUCGUGUCAGGAUCUGGCGCGCUUGCUGUGAACGUGACGAGCAAAGUGUUCUCUGAUGAGGCGAUGCUUGGUGCAGUUGAAGCAGCUGCACGGCUGGCUCUGCAGAAGCACUACCUCUUCCCGGGCGAAAGUGCGGACAGGAGCAUGGCUGGCGACUUCGCAAUGGUCACGCGGCCCAAGCGCAUCGUCGAGUCGAAGUCGUCGGGUGUUUCGCUUCGGGCGCUUGAAGAGGAAGCCCUCUUGACGGCAUAUGACGAAAGUCAAUGCAAGAUCGAUGACCUGCUUCGCGUGGCCGAAAAGCCAAUCGGAUCGUGGGGAGACCGCGCUCGUGCGUGCGCAUCGGUGCUACAUGACUCGACAUCGCAGGGACGAGACGCCGCGGGGGUGCGCCGGCUAGUGGCUGCGCAGACCGGUGCUGUGACCAAGUACGACAUGUCGUUGGUUGUGCCGCUUUCGGAAAACAAGCUAACGACCACGCAGAUUGCGCGCGCGACGCACGCACUGCAGUCUGGCGAUGUUGUAAACGAUCUUUUGGCGCACCUCGGGGACAACUUUGGUUUCACUUUUUCAAAGGCAGAGCCCCGUGGGACCGCACUAAGCAAGGCGGCCGAGAGUCGGAGCGCGCGCACGGAGGUUGCGGCAUCCGACACUGAAGAGGUGCCAGGCGGAAUCACCUUCCUCGAGGUCAAGUUGGCAGUUGUGUCUACCACGGGUGUUUCAGCGCAAACCCUACGCGCGACACUGCUGCAGGCUGUGAACGAGCAGCUCGCGCAGAAGGCUGAGACCGCGUACGCGUCGUCUGUGCAACAAAUUUCGGUGACGCACGCAAGCCAAGUAGCGGCGCUGGGCGGAUUGCUAGAGGAUAGCUUCACAGCCGUGAUGUACCUGGAGCAAGCGAGCCCAAAGCAGGUUUCGAGUCUGCAGAGCCUUUUCAUUCCAACCAGUGCGGCAGAAGCCCGUGACGUUCAGGCACGCGCAGCAGCGGCACCCAAGGGUGAGGGCGCUGUGUCGACGCGAGACCGAGUGGCUGGUUUCUUCGCGCGCGUGGCGGAGCGCCUGGUUGAAAGUAGCCGCGGUCUCUCUGCAAGCGGCGGUAGCCCCACGGGCCGCCCCAUCGUUGUUGAGGCUGCGCGGUCAACGGCUUUCGCAAAAGAGUUGAGCCAAACGCAGGGUGUGAUCGCUGUUUCUACACCGCUCGCCUCGAGUAGGUUGCUCGCUUCAGACAAGAGUUCUGUGUGCGAUUAUUCCAGCAUGUGCGAGCAAGGCUCUUUCACAUGCGUCGAUCGCUUCGCGUCGCUGGAUGAGCUGCAGAAGAGCAUCGGGUCGACCGACGCAAGUGACCGGCACGAAACCGCCGCUGGCAAUUUCUAUGCACGUCCGCAGCGACGACGCCCGAGUCGCUGUGCUCGCAAGCCGCUUGUGGUCUCGCAAACAUUUGGCACCGAAUCACCGGCGCCUCUGGAGAAUUGUUUGGCCAUAUGCGACAAGACUCGUGGUUGCACAGGUGUGCUCCACUAUAAUGGACCAGCGACGCAGCAAGAGGACGUAGCUACCCCGACUACAAAAACCGCUCCUACAACACCCGCUGGUCCUGCCGUUCCCUUGGGCGAUCCGUCGACUGGAAUAUCGAGCCGAUCCGACUUGAUUGUUGGAACCCAAUAUGUGAUAAAACAAGUGAACGGGGAUAGCCAAGAUCCUUGUGACGAUUGCUGGUGCACCUGUCAGGAAAUGGGCUCCAACUGUUGCCACAACGAAGGGAAAGGCAUGACCUUACAAUGUCUUUCUGGUACUCCGAUAUCUAGUGCCACGAAGUUCACAUGGAAAAGCUACGCGAAUCCUGAUGACGCGAGCAUGGUUGGCCAGGGGUUCGCCUGCCCCAGGGGUGCAAGCUACCCAGAUGACGGAUUUCCGGACUACUACUUACGUUGUGUUACUACUCAUUUACAACUCAGAGGAUAACGAUAAUUACUAAUCGGAAAUACAUACCGUCUCGUGUUUGCUCGCUCCCUUAGGUUUAAGUGAUACGUGGAAAUCUUCAAAGAGUCAGUUUCUUUAUCAUUUACUUUUCAAUCGAAAACUGGCGCAUAGCGGUCUAGGAUACUGGGGAGAUCCACAUCCAGAGUUACUAUUAGAAUAGUUCAGUAUCAUUCUGUUCACUGCGUUUUCUAAACUGAAUGUCCAAAUACGGAAGCAGAGCAUAUUUUCGGCCUCCGAAGUGGAACUGGGAUGAGCGUCGGCCGGUUCCGACCGACCUCAUCGAGGCUGAGAAAGACUAUGCUGGCACACCAAUGAAAUUUUAUUGGGCGACUGCUGUGGAGUGCACGGCGCCGUGCGAUAAUAAGCAUCUUGCCCACGUGCUCUACAAAGACCCAACUGGAGCGGAUACUCACGCCGCUGUAGGAUCCUCUGUGAGAGGUGCAAGUACAGUAUAUGCUACAGGGUUUCCACAUCCUGGGACGACGGUUGACGGCCUUCCGAUCAACGGCGGAAGCGCCCAUGAGUAUAAACAUCAUAACUACGCAGGCUUUCACAUUUUCGGCACCACUGCACCGCCAACGACGACUACCACGACCACCACUACCACGGUUUCGCAAAGUUUUGACUUUACAGCCUUCGUUGGGCAGAAAGGAUCCGCUGCGAAGGCAUCUGCGGUUAAGGAAGUAGGCCGCUGCGUAUUGCAGAUGAAGAGCGAAGAAGACGUCAUGGAGGGCGCGACGCGCGGCGUGCGUGCGGCAGAGAAAACGAGCGAUGUGUGUGCCACAAGUGGCUUCACGUGCGGCUUUCGCGUGGAUGCCGAUUUGAGUGUUGCUAAUGCCUCGACGGUCGGCGACAGCAGCGUGCAUGUGCGAGAAUUGUACGAGGACGCAGCCUCAGGCCCGUUUGCAAAGCGCAUGCAGGGCCUGCUGCCAGUGAGCAAUAGUACGAAGAAGGCCCCAUUGUUCCGACAGGUCAUCCCGUCACGGGCCCGGCCGGGCGAACAGUAUUACGAGGCGGUAGGCCGAGGGCGCUGCGCGAGCCACGAACGAGGCGGUGCUUCAGCAUCGGCGAAGCAGACCUACCUCAAGCGUGUCGUCCUAAAGAACACAAAAAGCACGGAGCCACGGCUGCAGGGCUGCUUCGAUGCCUGUGACAGCGAAGCUUCUUGCGUGUCGGUCGGCUUUGAGGACGCGAGCUUUGAAGUGCAGAGCGCAAACGCAACCUCCACGUCCACAGUUGCAGCGAUCGAGUGCCGACUCUACUUGAAAGCGGCUCUUGCGAAUGACCUGCCGAGGGGUUUUGAAUUGGAGCCAACGACCGGCACUAAGGCUUAUUUUCCCCAGGGCGUCCAGUUUGCGGAUGCUACUGCGGCGGCCGCAGACAGUUUCGGUGGAUGCUAUGCCAAAAGAGGCAAUGCUGUGCAGCAGUUCCCAGACGCCGCGGGCACUGAGAGUUCGACUGCAACGACAAACGGGGUAUGGUUUGAACUCGCAAAGAACUUCUCGCAGUCGGCAGACUGUGAGAGUGAGUGCGCCGCACUGGGUGAAAGCUGCUUUGGUUUCGCUCUCGACGCGAAUACGAAUAAGUGUCUGCUGCGCACGUACAAAACCGGUAACGCCGUUGCGUGCGCAGACGGGAACGCAAAAGCAGAGUCCGUUGCCGUGUGGGGUCAGAAGCUUAGUGCAAAGGUAAUCGAAGUGCAGAAGCUGGACGGACGCGCACUGACGAAGCCUGCCGAAGAGUCUACGACAGGCGCCGCAGCGGUCUUUUCCGAGUGUUUUCAAAAGACGUUCCUUGGAAAGAACGCUACUUCGGAUCUGCGCUCCAGCUCGGGUGACGUGAUGACGCUUCGUGGCAACAACACUGCAUACGAGGUGGUGGGCCGUGGCCAGUGCGCCUUCGAGGCUGCUCUGGUCGCGGAGUGGUCCCGUUCUUGGAGCCCGAGCAAAGUGACCCGGGGAGGCAUGCGCGAGGACUUCGAAAGCUGCUAUGCACUCUGUGAUGAGACGGCGGAUUGCGCAGGAGUGACAUUCAACGAGGCGGAAACCGGUGGAGCGUCUCACAGUUGCGCGCUAGCUUUUGUGUCAGCGGCGCCCUCCGCGCCAAGUGAUUGGACUGAAGCAACAUCCGGAUUCAACGCGGGUCGGCUCCUGGCUGGCGGACACACCGGACCAGAAGUGUACCGCCCACAGGAUACCGGCAUGCGCUACUGCAUGAAGAAGCGUCAGACGACGGCAACCGAGAACGCAGAAAGCGGGGGCAUGCACGCCCGUGGCUCUGUUGGCACGUGGUUCCAGAAGCGUACCAUGGUCGACGCUCUUAGCGGCGACGCCAGCAGUUGCCUGGCACACGAGGCUGUGCUCCCUGCCACUGUCGGUAGCGGGGCCGUUGCCAGAGAUGACGGUGCGCGCAGGCUCUUGGUCCUUGGCAGUGGCGUGCGAAGGCAGCGCUGCGUCUACUACUGCGAUGUGCACACACUCUGUACUACCGCGGUGUUCCGACCGGCGGAUCAGACUUGUGCUUUGUUGCUAGACAUGACGGCGGUCCUUGGCACCAGCGCUGGUAGCUGCGCAGGCUCGUUGGCUAUGAUGCGCACGGGCCGUGGCGAGGUGUGGCAAACGCCAGACGCGGCUGCAGUGCUCUUGGAUUCUGCGUUUUUGGCUCAGUCCGGCAAGGGUAAAGCGGUUGCGCCUUUCACGCGAACGCAGGCUGACGCCGACACCGCGACCGCAGACAGCUCCUCGAUUUUCGUUGCGAUCCCUGGCGCAGACGGCGCGGCGCAGCGUGCCAUGCUAGAUGGCUCAGACUCCGUUUUCCGCUAUCUAGUCGAGCAGGCACUGGCGGACGAAGACGCGAGUGAGGAUAGCGGGCUCACGCCGUGGGUGAAGCCUUCUGUGAAGGCAUUUGACGUUCUUUCCGAGCGUGUUGGUAUUCGCUCACGCUUCGUGAUUGAACUUCGUGAGGGGGCGCUCACUGAGGCGGGUGUGCGCGAGAACGUGCGCUCUGCACUGCGGACUGCGGCAGCCGCCGGUCUCGCCGAAGUAUACCCCGAAAUCGCGGCGAGCAACAUCACCGUUGGCGUGCAAGCAGUGGCAGAGGUUCUGGAGCGCGAUGGCGCCGGGGGGCUCUCUGCCAAUGAAAGAAGUGCUGUGAACGCGACAAUCCCGGUCGACUUGGCGGUGUGCGAGAUCACGGUACCGUUGGCGGCCGAGAACCCGGUCGUGAAGCUGGGCAAGGAGAACACGAAUUCGACCAUGCAGGACGUCGCAGCGGUCGUUGAGACUCUGAGGGAGAACGUGCUUGCGGUUCUAGGUGCGCCUGAAGCAAGGGACAAAGUCACGAAGGCCGAGCAAACGGGCUCGUUGACAAUCACCAAAACAACGACGGUUGGAGUGCCGAUUGCUCGACCAGUAAAGGGAGCCGCCAAAGCAAGCAAUGGUAAGAUUAAGUUGAAGCCUGUUCGAGAGAAGCCGACUAGGAAGCCCACAACCACGACAACGACGACCACACCGCGACUGAAGAAGAUCCCGAAAAAGGAAGACGCGGGCGCCUUCUUCGGGGACGCGCUCCCGCUGCAGCUGUCUUACUCUGGUGCCCCACUGGCAGACGCCCUCUUCGCAAGCGAGGACUCCACAAACGUCGCUGAGGCCUACUACGCUUCAAUUUACGGCAUGGACGAAGGUGAUCUGGCGCUGACGCGCGAAGACAUGACCCUCGCGAAGGAGGCGGCUAACGCAGUUAGCCUCGAAAAAUCCGAUGUGAAGUACAUCCGCAGUCGCAUGCAGCUUACUGUGAGCUUCCGCGGAGCAAAGAUCGGCAGCUGGGUGAGAAACGCCCUCGCGGAUCUCUUCGCAACGUCUCUGUUCGAUGCGUUCUCGAAAGAAGAAACUGAAGAGGCCACUGGGCCAGGUACGGAGCGAAGCACCUCGCAGUCUGCGAAGGUGCUCCAGCGACAGCUUGCUGAAGCCAGGGAAUUCGCUGGAGAAGGAUCGCUCAUUGCUAGUGAGAUUGCUGUUGAGCUGGCGCCGACAGCGGACGACAUCACCGUGUCGCUCGCGCCAGGAAGUGAGGGUGCAGAGGUUCUGGAUCUGGAAUUGCUUUUCAAGGUUCGCCAGUCGGCGGCAUUUGCUGGUGCGGCUGCCUUCUUCACGACGCUGGUCUCUGCGGCGACGAGUGACCUGUCGAAUGAUGAUGCGACUAGCACAGCACCACUGGACAGUAGCUUCUUUGCGGAUCUAACAAAGGCUCUGCAAGAUUCAAAGGGCGACUACUUCCCAGUGUCGUCUGGUGGUACUUUGGAGAGCGUGGUGCCGGUAGGCGUGGCUAAGGCAGCGCCCACUGUUGCGGACAUGCGUUUGCAGUUUGCGACGGCGCUUCCCUUCCUGCCGGGCGCCGAGGGUGUGGCCCCCACUGUCGAAGAGUACCUAGCCUACACUGGCAUGUCUUUGUCGGAGUUAGAGCUUCGUGUCAGCAAGCUUGCGCAAACUGCGCUGGCUCUCAGCGUGCUGGAGGCCACUGGCAUCGUGCUGCAGCCGGAACAAAUUGCGUUGAUGCUGGUCCCGAACAGCUUGAGCCCGUUGUUGCAGCCGGUAUUCACGGUCGCACUGCCAGCGACGGAUACCAGUGUGCAGUGGUUUUUAACGCGACAGCUGGAGAAAUUUGGAACGGAGUUCGUCGACCCUGCACUCACCAAUCUAGUUGCUGGCAGCCAAGGGUUGCUUCUGAACGACACGGAUACCAGCGCAGCUGUGAUUGAAGCGGCGCUGCCUUCGGCCGAUCGCCUGAACGGCACCGCGGGCCUCCGCCGCCCCUCGUACGAGUCGGCGGACGCGGCGGCCCAGAAGGCCUGCACCAAGGUGAAGAGCUAUUUCACGCGCGCUGACUUCGACUGUGACACGUGGAGCGGAGUCGUGGAUGCUGUCGGCAGCGUUGGCAUGCACACGUACCGCGAAAGCGGACGAGAGAAGUUUGCUGGCAGUUCCGUUUCGGAACAGCCGACUGUGACGGACCUCAUGGUUGCGGCAGAUGGAACACUCUCGACCGUUGCUUUCGGCCCGAGCCGUCUGGCGCAGACGCGUCGUGGCGGUGGUGCAGGCGGUGCCAGCUUAGCCCGCGUGGUGAAGGAUCCCGCCACGGUAGCAGACAACUUGGCUGCCUCUCCGGAGUUCGAGGUCCCCACAGCUGAGCUCCCAGAAGUCCCGAACGUGCGUGAAGAUGAGGCAACUGCAACCGCGGAUAACACUACUUCAACUUCUGCAACUGCAGCGGACGUGUCUCCGAGCAAUGUCGUUGGUGCGGUCGACCGUGGACGCAAGGGAUCGCUGAAGCACGUGAUUUCAUUGGAGUUUGCGCUGGCAGUAGACCAUCGUUCGCCAGUUGGUCAUGUUGCGGUUAACGACACGAACGCGACGGUUUCCCCCGUUCAGAAGCCUAGCCUGAAGGCUUUCCUGGCCUUCUUGCAGUCAGCAGUGGAUGCGGAGAUGAAGAAAGUCCUUUUGCAUUUUGCGCUGAAAGAUUCUGCGGCGUCCGGCUUGCAGCCCAAGGCGGGCACACAGAACAUUGCGCUUCAAUUGGCAGGCCCAGCGGAUGUGGCGGCGAUUGAAGGUUUUGAGGACGGUUUCGGCGCCUUUAAAAACAGCACGGUUUCUGUAACCGCCGUUGUGGAGGUGGACACUCCAGAAGUGCUCUCGCUGGAAGACGCGAAGGCCGUGCUUCAGCAGCUCACGGAUGCGGUUUCGGACGGCAAGCAAUUUCUCGUCAGCAUCAAAGAUACUCUGACGCGCGAUUUCGGCGUGCCAGCAUUGGUCGCUUUGCCCAAACGCGACUUCGCAAAGUUUGCGGCGGCUCAAACCACGGCAGAUUACACGGAAGACGUUGCUAGUGCGUACACCGCCAAGCCCAAAAGCGUGGGAGAUGCAGCGCGGGGCCAGGAGGUCGUGGGCGCCGACAUUCGCAAUGAGCCAGCUUCAGUUUUUCUUGCGGCGAAACUGGCCUUCACGCUGUUCCGUGAGGUCGCGCCACAAAGCCGAGCCUUGGUGGAACAGGAGGACGUGACGCUACAAAAGGCGCUCACUGCUGCUUUGGUUGCGGCCAUGCGCGAAGUCGCUCUGAAAGACGUGCUGCGCUCGAGCGACGAGCUUGGCUUAACGCCGUUCGAAUUCCACGACCCCGCUGUCGUGCUCAACGCCCCGUGCAAGUUUCGCAUGAACGAAGAGGCGCGGGAAGCGUCGAUUACGAUCAAGGGCCUCUUCUCCCCGGAAGUCGUGCGGACGCUGCAGGAAUUGCUCUCCGCACCGGUGGCGGGCGAAGACGCAGAGGCGUCCAGCACCACAGCUACGCAACGCAAAGCGGUGUUAGAUCGCAUCGCGUCGGGGCUGAAGCAGGAACUGAAGUCGUUGGAUUCCGAUCUUCGCAUCGGUGAGGACCUGACCGUUGCUGCCGGGUCUUCAGCCACGCUGGUUGGGGUGUCUUCCCUUCAGCUCAGCCUGGAUUUGUCGAAGAUUCCAGGACUGAGUGUGGACGCGUCGACUAACGAGGUCAUCUUUGGCAGCGAUUCCGCCACUUCGGCCUUCAGCAAGACGCCCGCUGAAGCUGCGUUGCGGCGCGCGGUGCGAGUCGCGGUGGCGAAAGCGGUGCGUAGUGCACUCAAACUCGGGGACGCUGACCUGACUGCCGACCAUGUGGAUGUGUCCAUGGAUUCCAUACUCGGUGUUGGUGCCGCGAACGCAACAAAGUUCCGGGUCUCCAUCCCGCUUGCCGACCCUAUGACGCUUGAACGCGUUUUGGACCCCAGCGGGGUGUAUGCCGCUUCGUUCCGGCGCGUGCUUGACUCGAGUCUGAAGGAAGAAGUCAAGGCACUGCCGCCGGCAAGCAAGGCACUAGCAGCGGCUGUAGCCUCUGGGUCACAGCCACACACGCAGCUCUUUGACGACGUGGGGACGAACGAGGUGUCACCACCUGUGGCUUCCGGUUUUGCGAAGAUGCGCUUCAGUUUGCACUCGCUUGCCGCUCUCGAUUCCUCGGCCGUGGCGGCGGCCAUCAAGUCUGCGACUGCGACUGCGCUGAGUGCGACCAUGUUCUCGCAGGAGGCUGACACAGAGAAAGUGCAGCGCGCAGAGGCGAUGUACAACCUGCCAACAGGCGGGAGCGGAAUUGUGGUGCGCUUCUUCGACUCCCUUACGGGCGAAGCCGUUGUGCGGGACGUCGAGGCCUUCGCGCAGCAGUUCAAUCUGACUGGCACGAUCUCCGCGAGCUCAGCACGCUUCUUUGACUUCGAAGUUUCCGUUGCGCUACCGACGUGUGCGGUGCCGCUCGCCGAAUGCGAUCGCCCGACCCUCACUGGCCUGAAAGACAAGGUCCUGGCUGCCAUGACCGAGUCACAAACGCAGACCACGCCGUUCGCUAGCACGUUUCUGACGAAGAUGAAGGACCUAGGUGUCCCGACGCUCCAACAAGAGACGCCGCUGGCGCCGCUGUUCAACAAUGGCGGGAAAACAUCCGCUGCAAUCGCAAAGACAGGCGGCAUUCCGGAGGCCUCACAGGUGUCGAGCGCUGGAGACGGCUCGGUGGCAGAAGAUGCACCUGAGGUUGCGCCGGAGCGAGUGCCGGCGGCUACAUUCAGUGUGCCUAGCGACGAGCCGGUUGGCGGAGUGUUCCUCGAGACCGAAGGUGCGAUCCGGACGGCAGCAGCAAUCGAAGGCAGUAGCGAUGUCCUCAGCGAGACUGAAGGCGCAAGCUAUUGGGAGAAGCUGCUGUCGAAGGCUGCACAAGACGCGAGUGAGACGCUGCGCGCCAAGCUCACAGUAUUCACCUCUCAGUCUGGAGCUUCGAAGCCAAAGACCCUGGGUGGAAUCCUCAAUGUGACUCGUACGGCCCAGGACUCUUCCGUUAAAAUCAUCGGAGCGCGCGCAAAGCCAUUGAAUUCCGCCUUAGAACGCGGUGCCGACGGGAAGUUGUACCGGGAGCAACGAUUCAAGGUCAGCGUGCAUUGCGAAAACAUCUCGACAGAGCAGCAGGGCUACAUUCUGGAGCAGCUGUCUGAUCCGGAUAGCAGUUUCGGCAGGGCUUUCGGUGCGUCCGUCGAAGCAGGUACAGAGGACGAAUCCAAGUUUACUCCUGGCCUAAACGCGACAGCGAGCAAGCAGGGCUACAAAAUGAAAAAGCUAACGCAGGCACAGAAAGUUGCGACUACGGAGACCACUUUACGCGUAGUGGCACUCCCAGCCGCAGACAAGUUUGCAAGCUUCGAAGUGAAGCAAUUCCCAAUCACCCCAGUGCUGCACGAUCUGGAGUUGCCGGUCUCGAGCAAUCCUACGAACUACAUAAUUCCAGGAACGUUCGGCCUCUUUGUAAAGCUACCGCCCCUCAACACGACCAACUCGUCCACGACCCUGCGCUCACUGCUGCCCGCUUCGGCAAACAAGUGCUACAGUGCGUCUGACUGUGUGUCCGACGAGCUGAGCAGUAGCGUACUCGUGGCGGCAGAAGAGGAGCGAAAGCUCCAAGCGGCUUCGCAGAGCGUGGUGAAAGCGACAACAAACGCGGACAUGUUGGGCGGACGGAAGUGCCUCAGUGGUGAGUACUAUUCUAGUCUGAAUGGUUACAACGCUGACGAGGAUCGCACUGUGGUUCUGCAGGUUGCUUAUCCGACGGUUGCGGCUCUCAAUGUGAGCAGCGAAAAGCAAGUGCUGAUGGUGCUUGGUAAUGAGUUCUGGCGCAUGACGCUCGAGGCCGUCGAGGUGGGCUUCGUAACGGAUACUAACCUCAUCUCGGGUGCGAGCGUCGAGUUGGCGUCCGAUCAGUGGUUGGCGUCGCGGUAUUCUGCGGAUGCGAACACUGCGACUGCGAGCUACGAGUUGCGGGGACAGAACGCCAAGAGAGCCUCUGACCCGUACGUAAGCCUUGACAUCGGAACGACCGUGCGCGAUGACAUUCCGGUCGUGAGUCUUCGCAGCUCCUACACCGUGGGCACUCCGGAAAACCGUGUCUUAUUUGGCACUGCCGGUUCGGCGGGAGGUUUUGGUGCUGACUUUGAGGGUUGCAUACUCAGUGCAAAGAUCUUUACGGAGACGCGCAACCCGUUCCUACGAGUUCCACCGGGAAAACGCAGCGCGUACUACUCGCAACAGAAGACGGCCUUGGCCGCCUUCGAUGCGAACGCGAAGGCGUCGAAAGCCGACGCGCAGAAGAUCUAUCGCGGGGACCUGCAAAAACUGCUGGACGACCAUUACUACGGAUAUUCGAAACCGCAGCUCUGGGAUGGCUCGGACGCAUGGAGCCAGGACCGCGCAUGGAAGAAGUGCCGCAGCAGCCCUCGCAUGGGUCGCAGUGGCUUUACACUUCUGCAGCAGAGCCAGGGUGCUGGAGGAGAUUCGAAGCUCAAAGUGACUUUGGCUUCUUCGUCCAC